AUGACUCUCGAAAUCUCUGCCUUGCUGAACCAGUUCUUACAGAAAAAAGGCCAUUUCAGUGAAGAGGACAAUAAAUACAUCAUCGGCGGCUUAGCCGAGGCCACUGUCUACCUUCACAAGCGGGGCAUCGUUCACAGGGAUCUCAAACUGGAAAACAUUCUUGUGGACAGUUAUGAACAGAGAAAUGAUCAGACCAUCGUAAACAUCAAGAUCACAGACUUUGGACUGUCCGUGCAGAAACGUGGAGUGGGCAGUGCGCGCAUGAUGCAAAGCACAUGUGGGACACCUCAGUACAUGGCACCUGAAGUGCUCGCUGGCCAUGACUACAGCCAGCAGUGUGACGUAUGGAGCAUCGGUAUAAUCAUGUACAUUCUGAUAAGUGGAGAACAUCCGUUCACGCCCAACUCUCAUGAACAUUUGUUUCAAAAAAUUAAGAAGGGGGAACAAUUCUCUGCUGCUGUGUGGGAGACCAUCAGUGACACAGCCAAAGCGGCGCUGAUCUGUCUGCUGAAAGUUGACCCAGUGUAUCGCAUCACAGCCAGUGAGCUGCUGGAUCACCCCUGGAUCAUGGGAGACACGUCUGCGGAUAUCUUCCCCACCAACGUCCUGGAGAUGAUGAAAGAGUUCCAGAAUGAGCUAUAG